AUGGCCAGCAAACAUCUCAUUUUCCCGACAGUCUAUGCGUUCGGCUCAAACGGCUCAGGACAGCUAGGCAUUGGGCAUACCAAUGACACCGCGCGUCCGGAGAAAUGUAUAUUCCGAUCACGUCAGCAGUAUAGUCCUGAUCAUAAUGACAGCGAGGAACGCGAAGCGCCGGCGGGAUCGGUCACUGUUGUGCGAAGGAUCGUGGCUGGAGGGAACCAUACGCUCAUCUUGAUGGAGGAUGGUCGAGUGUUCGCAGCAGGGAAUGCUGGGUCCGGGGAUGAGGACACGAGUGUCGGGUUCGUGCAGCAACAUUUCUAUUUCGAAGGCAAUGUGACGGAUGUUGCUGCAACGUGGGAAGCGUCCUUCAUUGUGGUGGACAGUAAAAGGGUUUUUGUCCAAGGUUCGGGUGCGAAAGGGGAAUUGGGACUUGGCAACGGCGUUGUGACCGCAGAGAGGAUGGACAGGGUCUUUGAUGUGGAUGAUCUGAUUGUGCAUUCGGAAGAGCAGCAGUACGCUAACGCCGAGAUUGGCGACAUUGCGGCGUGUCUAUCGCAUGUCGUGGUUCUACUGUCGAAUGGGCGUGUCUUUGGGUGGGGAAGUUGUCGGAAAGGACAGCUCGGAGACCAAUUCAAAGAACAGAAGAUCUUGUGGGAGCCAACUAUGAUCGAUGUCGGAUUGCCGUUCCAGCCGGAGAGAGUUGUUGUUGGAAGGGAUUACACUGUCUUUUACCGCAAUGGUGAGAAGCCGGUGAUCUGUGGCGAGGUGAGAGGUUUGAACGAGGAGGUGUUCCAAAAGCCUGUGCAAGCCGGUGAGACAAUUGUUUCUGGCUGGAGUUCGAUACAUACACUCUCGUCUGGCAAUGUCAUGAGUGUGGGCAAGGAUAACCGCGGCCAACUUGCACCAGCAAACGUGCCAAAGAUCAAGGCUUUGGCAGGUGGGAGUGAGCAUUGCGUUGCCCAGACGCAGAGUAACCAGGUAAUCGCAUGGGGCUGGGGCGAACAUGGUAAUUGCGGCGAGGAGCUCGACUCGAAGGGAAAUGUCGCUGGACGUUGGAACGUAGUUCCAUUACCUCGUCUGGACGACGGGAUCCAGAUCUUGGACGUUGCAGCAGGUUGCGCGACGAGUUUUGUGAUUUGCGGGAGGCUUGAUCCGGAUUGA